AUGAUUGAGCGCUUCCACCACACGCUCAAAGCUGGGCUCAAAUGCUACCUGCAAAAUUUGAUUGAUGUCCUACCGAUGGUAUUGAUGGGGUUCUGUUCUACUGUCAAGGAGAAUUUUGGGACAUUGUCCGUAAAUAUGGUAUUCGGUACCACACUCCGUUUGCCGGGUAAGUUCUUCAUCACCUCCUCAGUUCAGGCCGACCACAUCAGUUUCAUGUACAGUCUCAAGCAGCUGUUUUUGUCACUCAGGCCAGUGUCUGCUUCAAGGCAUGCCAGCAUUCAUCCCCUAAGUUUCAGGGACCUACAAACUUGCUCUCAUGUCUUUCUACGCAUGGACUCCAUUCGCAAACCACUGGAGCAGCCCUAUUCGGGCCCACACAAGAUUCUCAGCCACACGGAUCAUAGGACUUUCAUCAUCGAUUGUGCUGGAACCCCAAAGAAGUCACAGUGGACUAGAUCAAACCAGCCUACCUGGAAGUUGUGCAACACAUUGAUUUAG